AUGAGCUGCGUGGCGGGGUGGUGUGAUCUGAUCGAUACGCGGCACCGCAUGGAGGGGCUUCGCUGCAGACAGAGCUCGUACCUGCCCCCCGACUGCAGGCCAGGAGCAGCAGCAACAGCAGCAGCAGCAGCAGCAGCAGGAGGUGGUGGUAGUGGUGGUGAUGAUGAUGGUGGUGGUGGUGUAAAACAAGACGAGGUGGUCAGCCGCGUGUUGCUGCCUUCAGGGCACCAUGCUGCAGUUGAAUUGGAGGUGCUGCAUGAUACUGCAGAGGUAAUGCCUUUUCUUCCUUAUGUCUCUCAGCAGCAGCUGCUUGCUGUCAUCGCUGCACCCCGCGCCUUCAUCGAUCGCACUGGCCUGGGGGUACGCCCAGUGCAGGAGGGUCGUUUCUUUCCUGAGUUUGACGGCCAGUAUCUCUUAGGCGAUUCCACUACCUCUGACGUUACGCUGCUGCUGCCAAGACGAAGAGGUUCAGGGCAACCAGUGGAAUGCCGUGUCAGUGUACCGGCUCUAGGGGGGUACAGCCACGCGGUGCUCGAAGCUGAAGACCGUUGCUACACUUUGCGCCUCAGGAGCGAGAAGAUGGAUCCUUCUGAGACAGCAGGGGCUAUAUGUCGAGUUGUUUCGCUCGUGCCAGAGUUCAUUUUAACAAAUGCAUUGAAUACUCCUCUCUUCUUCCGGCAGUACGGCACCCCAGGCCCUGCCUUUGAAGUUCACCCGGGUCAGAGCUACCCCGUCUACUGGGCGAACUCCGAGCUGCCUCAGGCCAUUCAGUUCCGCCCCGGGGCUGGUGACGGCUACGCGUGGUCAGGAGCAGUCGUGGCCAGCGAGGAGACAGCCGGAAAAAGUUGGAUUGCCCUCUACAACGGCAUGCGAGACGCAGCACCAGGCGUUUUCUGUGUUGAGGUGGCUCCUGAUGGAGGCGUGAAGAGUAUUUGCAUUAGGGGGGCUGAGGGUAACUCGGAGGGGUUUUUGGUGAUCAACAAGUGCCCUGUAGUGCAGCGCGUGAUGGUGCAUACAUACCACACGGAGAUGAGCAUGCAGGGGCAUGGCAAUGCUGAAACACCAGGCGGAUCCUCAUCCUUUUCUUCUUCUUCCUCUACCUGGAGCAGACAUCCUAUGAAACUGCCUGAUUUCGACUUUCACUUCUUCGCCAACGAAGGCGAAACCGUUGCCUAUGGGUGGCCCUUCCCCUUUACAUACACCUCGCGACCGUGUCAAGUCCUCCUGUGGAUCGACAGCAAGACAGUGGCUCCUAAGAGCCCCAUUGCGCUGGACCUGGAGACGCCUCAGUACAAACGUUAUGAAGUAAACCUCGGCCUUCCUGACAUGCCUCAGAUUAUAGUGAGGACGGAGAAACGAGGGGAUGCAAUGAUCAUUGAAGCUGCUGAGAGUCCCCUAAGGAGUCUACACGUGGCAGUGACGAUGGCUCAGGUUGGGGUUUCGCUGAUAUAUGACGCAGUGAGAGAAGAACUCUGUUUCGCGGAGAUGUCACAGCUGGCUGUUGGAUUUCAAGAAAGGGGAGAACGACAAAAGCUGCUCGUCCGCAUCGCUGAUAUCCAAAUCGAUAAUCAAAUGGAACACGCCAGAAAACCCGUGCUGCUGGCCAAUCGAGGGGGUGGGGGCCACGACGCUGAAGAGGACUUCUUGUGGGCGUGUAUGACGUCGUUGGGGCUGAUGAGCGCCGCAUCCCGUCGCACGGUUUCAGCAGAGGAACUUGAGGUGUGGAUUGAAUCGCCUAUUCACCAAACGUACACGAGGCCCCCCUUGCCCACUGUGUUAUCAUUAGAGUCCAUGCUGAUCGACAAAUUUGAUGUCUACUGCUGGUGCUCCUUCGUCUUGGAUAAAAUGCAUAUGCUCUCGGACCUCCUCAAAGUGGGGCUCCGCAUCCUAAUGGCUUCAGGGCGCUUGGAACUCAUGGUAAGCCCUGCAUCACUACCCUAG